AUGGAAGUGGUCGAGAGCAGAGAGCAAGGCUCCACCAGUGGGACGACUGGGCCGGAGCCCAUCAUAACCAAUGGCGAGCGGAAUCCCUUCUUAGAUGACUCUCUCAUGGAUGAUGGACGAUCGAGUAGCCUGAGUGAGAUCGAUGACGUGUCCGACGACGAGCCGUCCGACUUUGAUGACUCUCCCAAGCCUGAGAAACAAUUGGAAAACGACUCCGAAGCGGAAACCGAGCGCAUUGAAGAUUCUCCUCACAACAUUCGGAAGCGCGACAUAGUUCUCAGCGCCGGUGUCGCAGGCAGCGCCGGACCGAGUCCCAGCAAGCUUCACCAAAGUACCACGCUUGACGAUGUAGACGAUGACGAACACAUAGCGGACGACUCACCAAGCAAACCGCGACGGUCCUCCAACAAUAAAAUGAGCGAUGACGAAAUGGCCGAUCUGGAUGACUCGGAGCUUCCUGACAGUGUUGGAAAGAAGCGCAAGCGGGUUGAAAUUGGAGACGAAGUAUCAAGAGAACACGAAGAGGACGAGCCAAUGAAAAAGCGUCGCAAUUCUCUCAAGAGCGACCUGAGUGACCCUCUUGACGACGACACACCACUUUCGCCCGAGCCAAUUAUGGACGAAGAGACCGCGGCUCUAAUGGACGACGAUGUGCCGGUGGAUGAGAACGCGGAUGCAGAGCUUCCAGCCACUUCAACGAAAGGCAAAAGAGGGAGGAAAACUGAAGAGCCUGCUGAGCCUCUCGACGAGGGAGAUGAGGUCGAGGUCGCAGCAAGGGCCGAGGAGGAAUCUGUCAAGAAGAUGUCCGCGAUGGAGUCACUAGCGACCUUGGAGAAAGAGUUCGCCGCCUUGCGAGACAAAAUCUACGAUGAGCGUAUAACGAAACUCAACCGGGAGUUAGAGAUGCUCUCGGGACCAAACCCCAUGCAUCCCGAGUACUUGCGUCAGAUUGAAUGCGUGCAACGAUAUCGAGACGCGAAGAUUAAAUACGAACAUACCUUGUAUCGCUAUCGUUUGGAGGCACUGCUUCACAAAAGCCUGGCUGAACGGGCCCAGACCCACAGCACAUUUUUCCAGCGUGUGCGAGAUGUGCGCGAGCGUCACUCCAGUGCAAUUAGCAAACAAUUCUAUGCGAUUCAACAUGAUCGCUUCAAGACGGAUGAGUUGAGCCCACAUCACGUGGUGCCAUUUCCGACUCGUCGGUCGCAACAAAUUGCACAUCAAACCGCUUACAAUCACGAGGUUUCGAUUAUGGCUGGAGUGGCCAAGUACGUUGGUUUCCCAGCAGCACCAACGUUGAGUGGGGCCCGUUCCUCGGAAUUGGACGAGGAUUUGGAAAAGAUGGGCAUUUCUAUCGAGGCGCGAAUGGCAUUGCCCCGCCAUUCACAUUCGAUGGCAAUGCCUGCUAGAGGCGCUGUCUCGGCCAUGUCUUCGAGCAUCUUCCGCACGGCUGCCGAAGAGGCCUUCCUAGAACAGACACCGUGGGCGAACCCUCAACAUCCUAUACACCAACAACAGCCGCAGCACAUAUACUCGCAGCAUCACCGGCCCCCGAUCUCCUCUUUCGCAACUCCAGCCGCGCAAAAACGGGUUGUUGACAUCAAUGCUCCCAAUGGAUCCGCGUCCACAAUACCGGAAAGCAUGUCGGCCGCUAAUUCAUCAGCCAACAACACGCCGUACGGUAUUGAGCAAGAUCCAAGGCAUCACCCCCAUGGGCCAUUCCGCAAUCCCGACUAUGAUAUGGAGCACAAGUCUGGGUUGCGCUCGCAGAGCUCGUCACCACUAGACGUACGAAAAGCCCAACCGCAUUCCGUCCAUCCCAAGGAGCGUCGAUCUCCUGGCCCAGAUCCCGCCCACAAUCUUCUCUACUCUCCGUCUCCUGCUCACCCCAACUUAUUUCAACUAUCGAAGCCAAAACAAGGCCCGUCGCAGUCUCAAAGUGCCAAGUCAGGCGACACGAUACACUACCACUCUCAUCAGCCUGAGAUUGCUGCGGAGUCCGGUCCUGGUCAUGGACCUCUCCGCUAG